AUGGCACCCGAGCAACAACGACCACCGAGAAUUCUAGCCUGUGUGCUGUGCCAACAGCGCAAGAAGAAAUGUGACCGAAAAAGUCCAUGUUCUUUUUGCAUCAAGGCGAAAAUAGAGUGUAUUCCGAGUACACCUGCUCCUAAGCGCACUCGUCGCAAACCUACCAAGGAGUUACUUGCAAGACUGGAGAGGUGUGAAGAGCUGUUGAAGAGAUGUACUUGUGUGCAGAAGAGUUUGAUGUACGAUGCGCUGGCUACGGGGACGGGGAGCGAGUCGAGUAGUCCUGCUGAUAACAAUUCGAGUCCGCCGCCUGAGAGCGAGAAGACGUCGGUUUCGAGUCCUGAUGAGAGGAAUCAGGCUGUGUAUCAUUAA